AUGCCCGGCAUAAUCUCAAGUGGCUCCCUCAUCUUACAUCCAAUCAUCCAACUACCCCUGAUCCGAGAUGUACAUCAACAGGCCAAGAUAAUGGUCGCAAAACGUGACCUUCGAGAUAACGCAUCAGAAGACCAAGACGACACUAUCGCAUCCCUCGUCGAGAUCCAGAAAUGUCGGAUUCCGCAGCAGAAAAUGAUCUGGAUUGUCGAGAACCUUGAAUGUCUUGGUAGACGACAGUCCAAGAAGAGGAAGAUUGACGCUGAUGAGGAUGAGAAACCAGAGAGGCCUUAUUGGUUUCGGGAAAAUGUCAAUGGAUUCACUGAUAGUAAUUUCGUUGCACUCUCAUAUACCUGGGAUGCUUCUGAGUAUGAAACACAGAACCACAAAGCCGAAGGGCAUUUGAUUGAGACGAGGGAUGGCGAGGAUGCUUGGCGUUCAUCAGUCCGCAACUCCGUACUUGAGAGGAUCACAAAGUACAUGCAAUGUCAUGAUGUACCUUUGCUAUGGAUUGAUCGACACAGUAUUCCCCAGAAGAAGUGCAAACAACCAGCAUGCACUCACGAAGAAUGCAAACAGAAGAGACAUGCCCUUGAUGCCAUGGACUGGGUUUACUCACUCAGCGAUCACCCUACUGCUUUACUUGGGCGACCGAUUCACAGCGAGGAUGAAAUGGCCACUCUGUCAGCUAUUUUGAGAGGCGUACUUGUCAAAUACCACGACGGUGGAUUCGCUCUGUCCAAGAAUGCGGAAUACGAUCAGGCCAAGAAGAUGCUGGAUCUUUUAUAUGAAAUCACUAGUGACAAAUGGUGGACCAGGGCGUGGACGUUCCAGGAGAAUUAUCGAGCUGGCCUCAAAAUGACGCUUCUUAUCCAUCACGAUCCCGACCUUGAAGCUGCGAAGAGGUCUAUGCUCAGUGGGAAGAAACCAAUGUUUGGUGUGGUCCCCGGCGAGCUCAGCUUUCAAUCCGUCAAGUUCUCAGAGAGCGCGACCAAAUUCUGUCUUGCCUUUCGGCGGCAUGAUUUUGGGACAAACGAGGAUGAAGACAAAAUCACUCAUAUUCUGAAGACUGCUGGGAGAUAUAAAAUCCUCCUAGCGCCGUCAACAUCCAUGUCCGGGACCAUCAUUUCUGAUGUGCAGUGGAGAGGUGUAACGGAACCUUGGGAUCGCUUGGCUAUUAUUGCCAACUGCUGUCAGUAUGCGACAAGGCUGGAUGCAACGAGAUUGCAACAGAAAGAUGAAGACGGACUGAGCCUUGAUCUAUCAAUACUGGCAUUGCGUCUGUUAAAUGGGGAGAUCCUUAACAACGACGAGGUUUACGUACCCAAGGGAACUGUCAUAGAGCAGACUAAUGACUUGUUUUUCGACGACUUUAAGGCACCUGACGGCGAGAGGCGAUUGACAUAUAACAAAAGCUGUCGCUUCGUUGACGUGGAUUUCACGAAGUCGGGUAUCAAGACAAGAGGUCAUCUGUGGAAGCUUGGGAAAACACUGCGAGCACCUCGGUCGUCGCCACGGCUAUCACAAGCAAGCCAGCAGGGCGAACAGCAACUCUCGGAGUACCAACGGACACGCCUACGGCAGCUCACCGAACUAGUCAAGGCUCAACAUAUCGGCAGGAAUGCUGAUAUUGUUGAGGAUAUGAAGGGAUUUCUCAAAGAGGACGCCUUCGUGGUCGAUGAUGAAGAAUCCUUCAGUCUGCGAUAUCGCCGGCUGAUGGCGAAGGAAGUCGUUAGAGCAAUGGAUGCAGACAAGGGCUUGUCUUUGGGGUAUCUCUGCGAUUCAGCUGGGCAGCCUACGGCAGCUCGAGGGAUUUUCAUCCACGAUUGCGGUACCGAUGCUGGUGAACUUCUGAGUCAACAUGAAGACAGCCCUGCGUAUGUCUUCACCUCAUUAUGGUCUGACACCCAUGAGGACGAAGAAUAUUUGGCGAAUGAGCUAGAUCAUCAUGUGUCACUUGGAGUUCGAGUUUCUGGAGAUACCCAUGAGGGACCAGUACGUUUGUAUACGCAGGAGUGGGUGCUGGGAUUAUGUUUCUUUACAGGUGUUCCUACCUAUGAUGUGGUAUUCCCCUGGCCACAGGUUAUGACAAAAGAACGUUCCUAA